AGCUCCAUAAAACUAGCCGUUACCCCCCACCGUCUCCCUUUUCCUCUCGCUCUCUGAGCUUUUUUUUUUCUCUCUCUAAAUCUCUCAUGGCAGUAUCAUUGGAGGAAGAAUCAUCAACACCGGACAACCUCAACAAGGAAUCGACGAGCCGCACGAAUUCAUCUCCCAUGAUCAGCUCUACAUCUGACAAACGAUUCUGGAGUGCUCUGCAAAGCCGGAUCGACGCCAUUCUUGAAAAUCGCAAGCCUUUCGACCCUUCUCUCCCUGCUAAAUGGAAUGCUGGAGGAUCUGAUCGCGCAAAGCGGAUGAAGGAGGAUUCAUUGCUUUUGCUCAGAGGGUUUGACUCUGUUGCCCAGUCCCUGUCUCAGCUAUCUAAUAAUCUGGACAAUGCUCUUCAGGGAGCAAGAGAUCUAUCAAGGCCUCCCACACUGACUGAAAUAUAUCAAAGUGCAAUGGAAAAGGCCAAGAGUACCGAAAAGCGCAAAGAAGAAGAGGAGGAGGAGGAGAGUGAUGAAGGCAAAAGAGGACAGAAGAGAAAGUAUGAGGAACAAGGAGAUAAUUCACCCCAAGAGAAUGAGAAAAGCCUAAUAGAGAAGGGGAAGCUCAACAAAGCCAAAAAUCUAGCGAUUUCCAUGGCAACAAAAGCAACUUCGCUCGCACGAGAACUGAGAUCGAUCAAAUCGGAUCUGUGUUUCGUGCAAGAACGAUGUGCUAUACUCGAGGAGGAAAAUAGAAGGCUACGCGAUGGGUUCUCCAAAGGCAUUAGACCCGAGGAAGAUGAUCUGGUGAGGCUUCAGCUGGAGGCACUGCUAUUUGAGAAAUCAAGAUUAGCAAACGAGAAUGCAAAUUUAACAAGGGAAAACCAAUGCCUUCACCAGGUGGUGGAGUACCACCAAAUAACUUCCCAAGAUCUCUCUCCUCCUGCAUCCUAUUAUGAACAUGUAGUAAGGGGAAUGUGCUUGGACUUUUCGUCCCCACCACCAGCGAUACCAGAAGAGGAGGAGGACGACAGAGAAGGUGAAGGAGAAGACGGUGACGAAGUUCCGAGGAUGCCACGAAGGGAUGUUUUCGGAUUGUGCAAUUAUCUUGACGAGUGUUAUGAUGAAGAACAACAGCAUGAGGAGGAGGAAGAUUUCUGAAGUGCUGCAGACAGGGACUUAUUUGUGGUUUGUUUUGAGUUUUUGGGCCAAAAGUGUAUAUUUGGAUGAUGGAUUUUCAGGGUGGCUGUUUUAAGGGAGAAAAUAAAGAGGAAGAGGAGAGGUUUGGGGAGAGAAACGAGCAAGAAUCCAAUUGUUACUGCAUAAUAUUGGAAUGUUAGCAGAAUUUUCUUGGAUAUUUUCGCAUGCCAAAAUUUACCAUCGUAUCCCACUCCACUUUUAGAGUACAGAUGGUAAAUUUUGGUGUGCGAAAACCAAUUUUCAUCUUUUUUCUUAUAAGUAUUUCCAUCUUUCCAA